AUGUCAUCGCGAUCGUUCUCGCCAAACCGACGACGCCCGCGAAUUACCUCUGCUUCGUCAGCGACAACUAUCUCCCCCUUUGGGCCCACUGCCGCACUUGUUCCCCGUUCGACUUCGGCCACUCGGUCUUCCUUAGUCCCGCCACGGCGUCCACUUUCGCCACCUUCACGCGAGCCUAUUGAGUCCUAUUCCCUAUGGCAGCCUAUCUUGCGUGCCUCGGACCAAAUCGUUCUGUAUAAUCCUGCCUCUCAUGCUAUAAACAUUGUUCCUGCCAGCCUCAAUGCUGUAUCAGCAUUCUCCCUGCCUUUCACAAGUGGAGCAAACUCCAACCCAUCGAGUGUCUGUCCAUACUGCCACCGUCCCAUGGAAAACGCUACCCAUGAUUUCGCCCAUAAUGGACCCCAUCACUUAUACAAUAUGCCACAAAUUGAAAUGUCUCCCCAAUAUUUCCAAGUCCUUCAAGACGUGAAUGGUGGUGCUAUUUCUGAGGGCAUGUACAAUCCUCACCGGCCGAGUGCUGCAGCCCAGGAGUCUUUUGCCCGCUUCGAAGAUGCUCCUUUUGAAGACAGCCAAUCUCGACGAUGGUCGCAUGUGUCGAUCAAUUCGGAUUCCGACUCAGACGGACCAGCUGGAGAAACCAGACGCACAGACUCCUUGCGUAGCUUAUCUGGCUCCAGUCUUGCUUCUGGCGACAUUACUGGUAUGUCUUUUGGCUCAUCUGCGGUACGCUUGCCUUCAACCUCUACCGGAAAAGCUUCUUCAGGGGAAACUGUUGAGGCCACCGAGCCAGAGACCGGUGGAACGAAUACAUCCAAGGCAUCCAGCGGGUAUUAUGCGACGUUUUUCAGGGAAGAAACGCGUCUGGGUAUGGGGGCCAACGGGAGCGUGUUUCUUUGUCAGCACGUACUGAAUGGAAUUCCUUUGGGUCACUUUGCUGUCAAGAAGAUUGCCGUUGGCGAUUCGCCAUCUUAUCUUAUGGAAAUACUGCGCGAGCAUUUGCUCACCAAAAAUAGGUCCGAUUGCAUUCAAAACUACACCACCGAAACAUCAUCACCUAUCAUCACGCGUGGCUGGAGUCGGCCCGAUUCUCAUCCUUCGGUCUCACUGUUCCGACACUCCAGCUCCCUCGAUGACCUGAUCUUGCAACGGCUAGGUGUCAAGACCGCAGAUCGGGACCCAGAUCUAUCCGAACCGCCAUCAGGCGAGUAUCAGACACGCGAGGCACGUAUUCGGGCGUUUCGAGCUCGUGCGGGUGGAGGGCCGUGCAUACGAGUGGAGAAGUCCGAAGGAAAGAAGCGCGACGACGUGCUCCACGAAAGCUCAUUCCUCCAUCUGGACCUCAAGCCAGGGAAUGUAUUGCUUACGCUAGAUGAAGGUCAGCUGAUGCUUUCGGAUUUUGGGACAGCACAAGAUGCGCUGCAAUCUACUCGAGAACGCUCGGGGAACACCGGAACAUUGGAAUACUCUGCCCCUGAGUCUUUAAGACACAAUCAAGACGGGUCACUGCGACAAAUUACUUCCAAGAGCGAUAUCUGGUCACUCGGAAUGAUCCUCCAUAAACUAAUAUACUUUCGAUUGCCAUGGAAAAACGAUGAGGAUAUGACUGAGCUCGAAAAAGAGAUUAUUGGCUUUCAGGGAUACAAGGCCAGCAUGGAAAAUAUUCAGGCCUUUGAGAAGCGUAGGCUUCCACCUGCGUUGUGUCAGUUGCUGAGCAAGAUGCUCGCGAUUGAGCCAGUCGGACGCCCCGGUUCUGACCAAGUACUCAAGACUAUCCAAUCUCGACAGCUCGACCCUUCUCCCAACUUGGAAGAGACGAACCCUCACCAUCAAGGCAUGGGACCACUCGUACGGAGACCCACACCCCCCUCCCGGGGAAAUGAAUCUUUAGCGGCGAGUUCUGAUGCCAAUGUUGAUAACUUAGAUAUAUUAAGCCAAGACCUGUCCCCGCAUAUGCCUUCAGCGGGCGGAAGAGGCAGAGUGGCUUCGGGCACCCAGGUGCGGAGAAGAUCAGAUCCUGUGGGGGGGAUUAACGAAAUCACCCCGCGGUUACUUGUUCUAGAAGGACCCACACCGGCGGCCAGGCGAGUUGCGGGGCUCCUCUCUAAUAUCAAUGUAUCUCGCAUUCUAUCUCGGGGGUUCAAAAGUGCGCUGCUGAUAUUCAAGGCGAGUCCAUUUUAA